AUGCCAUCGAGGCCUACGACGCCAAUUCUGCGUGCUGCAGGCAGCUCGGACAAUUCGGCGCUGAGCUCGCACGCCAUCAGCAAGGAGCCCAGCCGCACCUCGAUCACCAUCGAGGAGCCCGAGCGACGGCGGCCACGCGGAGAGUCGCUCACCACAACCGCAGAGUCGUCCGUCUCGCUACCCUCCUCGCCAUCGCGCUCCCACAUUGUGGGAGAUGGCAACUAUGGCGGGCGAAAGGGAGGGCCGUCGCUGGCAAAGAGCCGGACCAGCAGCUCGGGCGGUCUGAGCGACAUCAAGCCCGGCUACGAGAGGAGAGUCGGCUUCGACACCAUGCCCGACGCAGAAGAGACCAGCAGCGGCUUCUUCAGCUUCACGCUCCAGGUCAAGUCCAUCGGCUACGAGAGGACAAAGAACACGCGGACCUUUAUGUGCGCCGUCGACGACAACGUCUACAGUGAGCGCGCCCUGAUCUGGCUGAUGGAGAACCUGGUGGAAGACGGCGACGAGGUGGUCGCAUGCCGGAUCCUCGAAGGCGAGGCGGAUGAGAUCGACCAAGAGACCGCAAGGGAGGACGCCAGGGAAUUGAUGGCGAGCAUCGUCGAGCUGAACGAGGAGGCAGAGGAUCGUAAGAUCUCCAUCGUGGUCGAGUUUGUCGCAGGCAGCAUCACAUCGACAAUCCUCCAACUCAUAUACACCUACCGACCCGACAGCCUGACGGUCGGCACGAGGGGCAAGUCGGCCAACAAGUUCCAGAAGAUGCUUGGGCAGCAGCUCAUGGGCCACGUCAGUCGCGAUAUCCUGAUGACCUCACCGGUGCCGGUCGUGGUGGUGCGACCCGAGGCCAAGGUGCAGAAACACCUCAAGAAGCGGCUCAAGGACCCGAAGCGGCGGAGCUACCACGACCUCGUCAAGGGCGUCGAGGGCUUGCCUAUGAGCGUCAACAAGAGCAAGCGGGAGAGCCUGCGGAUCCCUCACUUCCAUUGA